UGAGUACAAGAAGAAAUAACUUUAUGCCCUGCAUUUAUCUUGGACACAUCCUGAAGCUUAAUCUGGUCAUAGUGCUCUUCUUUUGCACUGGACCACUUCACUGCUUUCUCCAUGGAAAUCCCUCCAUCUGGGGACACACCACCGACACCUUUGUGUGAGACUCUCCACAGAGAUUUCCGAGAUGAUCCCCCCAAAGGAGAUUUCCCUCUUCAGAAAAAAUCUCCGAAACUCUGUGGCUCCAACUACCCCCUGAGCAUUGCCUUCAUUGUGGUGAACGAGUUCUGUGAGCGCUUCUCCUACUAUGGCAUGCGAGCUGUUCUGACACUCUAUUUCUUAAGCUUCUUCCACUGGGAUGAGAAUCUCUCCACUGCUGUGUACCAUGCCUUUUCUGCGUUGUGUUAUUUCACACCUGUCAUCGGAGCCAUCAUGGCAGACUCGUGGCUGGGCAAAUACAAGACGAUCAUCUACCUCUCCAUUGUGUAUGUUGUUGGCCAUCUGAUAAAGUCAGUCGGUGCCAUUCCAUCCCUGGGCAACCAGGCAGUUCAUGUGGUCCUGUCUAUGGUUGGUCUGUUUUUGAUCGCCCUUGGAACGGGAGGUAUCAAGCCCUGUGUCUCUGCAUUUGGUGGGGACCAGUUUGAAGAGGAACAUACCUCAGAGAGAAGCAAGUUUUUUUCCAUCUUCUAUUUAUCCAUUAAUGCUGGAAGUUUGAUCUCCACGUUUGUAACUCCUGUAUUAAGAGGGGAUGUGAAAUGUUUUGGAGAGGAUUGUUAUGCACUGGCUUUUGGUGUCCCAGCAGCACUGAUGGUGUUGGCACUUGUUGUGUUCAUUGCUGGAAGUGGACUAUACAGAAAAACACCACCACAAGGAAAUGUCUUGCUGGAAGUGUGCAAAUGCAUCGGUUUUGCUAUUAAAAACCGGCUGAAAAACCGCUCCCGUGAGAUUCCAAAGAGAGAUCACUGGCUGGACUGGGCUUCAGAAAAAUACUCAAAACAGCUGAUCGCGGAGGUUAAAAUGGUGACUCGUGUUCUCUUCCUCUUCAUACCACUGCCAAUGUUCUGGGCCCUGUUUGAUCAGCAGGGAUCCAGGUGGACUUUGCAAGCCACAAAAAUGAAUGCUGAUUUUGGAAUAUAUGUCCUUCAGCCUGACCAAAUGCAGUUCCUAAAUCCACUUCUUAUUCUUGUCUUCAUCCCAAUUUUUGACCUUGGGCUCUACCCCCUGAUAAGCAUGUGCAAAUUGAAUUUCACACCUAUUAGGAAAAUGGCAACAGGUAUGAUCCUUGCAGGGCUGGCAUUUGGACUUGCAGCUGUUAUAGAAGUCAAAAUAAAUGAAACCGAUAUGCCUCGACUUGUCUCAAAAGAAAGUUUAAUUCGGGUCCUGAAUUUGGCAAAGAACCCUGUUCAAGUGACAAUCCAAGACAAGGACCUAUUUCAGCAGCCUGUGGAGUCUUUUCAGAACCCAGCUGAGUACUCAAAAUUAAUAUUGAAUGGAGAGCAACAGAGCCUUCACUUCACCCUGCAACAUCAAGGAUUGACUCUUGCUUUUAACUACACCGUGAAGGAAAAAUCAGUAUACAGCUUAAUUGUUUUUGAGGCAGAAGGAAGCCUAUCAAGCCGCUUAAUUACAGACUUGGAAGCAAAGCCAGAAAAUGGUUUGGCAGCUGUUAGAUUCAUUAAUGGUUUGAGCCAAGAUGUCAACCUCACCAUCGAUAGCAAAAGGUUUAUUGCUGUUCAGAAAAACUACAGUGCUUCUGAGUACUCACUGCUGGAGAGGGAUGUAUAUAAUAAUGGAAAAUGCAUAACUGAAACAGGAGAGUUCCCCCUGGAGCUGGGGCUGCUUGACUUCGGUGCCUCAUACACCAUUGUGAUAACUAAUAUUUCUGGAGGUGCUGUUGAGACGUGGAAGUCAGAAGACAUCAAAGCCAACAAUGUCCACAUGGCCUGGCAGUUACCACAAUAUUUACUGAUAUCUGCUGGGGAGGUGAUGUUCUCCAUUACAGGUCUGGCCUUCUCCUAUUCUCAGUCUCCAGCCAGCAUGAAGUCGGUGCUGCAGGCAGGCUGGCUGCUCACCGUGGCUGUGGGGAAUACCUUUGUGCUCAUUGUUGCCGAGGCUGCACCAAUGGCACAGUGGGCUGAAUUUGUCUUGUUCACUGUUCUCCUCUUUGCUGUGUGCAUUAUUUUCUCCAUCAUGGGAUAUUUCUAUGUCAGUGUGGAUCCAGAGGACCUAGAAGAAAAGGAAGAGAAGAGAGAGACCUCAAGCAGAGGAAACAUGAUUGGUCUUGUUACUCAGAAAACAAAGCUCUAACACAUCAUGGGUUGGGAUUUUUUUUUUUAAAACUCAGUUAUGAGAAGGUGAAAGAAGGGUGGGGACAGUGUUAUUUUAUUUUAGAGCACUGCAGUCUUUGUUACUCAAAAUGUAACCACCUUAUAAAUGGGACCAAAUGGCCCUCUAUAAAAACAAUGGGGGUCCUGAAAUCAGAACAAAACUCCCUGGGAAAGCUCCUCAGGUAUUAAAAGCCCUUAUUAGUAAUUACAGUGUAAUUUAAAACCUGUCCAUCUUUUUAAGCAUGGAAUGCUUUCCUAUGAUUUUGCCUUAAACAUAUAUUUAAGGCAGCAGGGAGGAAGGGUGGAAGGAAUGCCAUAUGACACAAAAAUCUGGAAAUGUUACGAGAGAAGAAAGAAGAAAAACUAGUAUAGGAAUUAGGGAAGAAUAGAUGUUAGUGACAGAAGGAUUUUUAAUGCUGUCAUCAAGGACUGUAAGGGUUACACAUAAUCCCAAAGGAUUUCAUAAUGUAACUCUCCUUAUGAGUAUUUCAUCCCAUUAUUGCAUGUUAUGAAUGGUUCUGAUUUAUGAUUUUCACCUUCAGGCUCAGAAGUAAUAACAGGGAAUUAAAUUCUGCAGGCUAAAAUAUUCCCAAAACACUGCUGACAAAGACAAGCAUGCUACCACCUCUCCCAUUUUUUCCCCUAGAAGUUUUUAGCAACUGAUGGUGUUCUUUGAUUAGACAUGAUUAUAGAAUUGCUUUAUGCUUUCUUAUUUCAGAAUUCCAGACAGUUAUUUGCCAUCUUCCUAUACAUUAAGCCUUUAUUGGGCAUUUCCUUUUACAGCACCUGUCACUGCAAGUUAGGAUAUAGCUGAUUUCUUAUCUCAUGCCUCAGUUAUUCCCCACUGGGAGACAAGUUGCAGUAGUUUCUAUAAAAUUCCAGGCAUCCUGCAGUGAGUUAUUUACAAGGAUGCACUUUAUCAUUUUUUCAGUCUACAAGAGGAGACCAUGGCAUAUGAGAUUUUUCUUUUUCCUUCUUGUUUUUCUGUCUCUACCAGACUUUGGAUAUAGCAAUUUUAUUGGAAUUGUGAUAUAACUGUCUGAUUUUCCUCAAUUGCGUGAA